UUGUGAACAUUGGGGCUUUUAGUCAGGACUGUGUGGUGAAUACACCACCACGACCAAAUACGAUUGUUGGGUAUUAUCAGGCUUAUAAAUAUAAUUUGCAAGCAAAUGAUUUAAGUAAACUUAUCAGUCCGUCAAUUACUCAUUUAAACUAUAUUGCAUUUGACCCGAAUGAUCUUACUAGUGGCACUGGACCAUAUACAGUGUUUACUGAUUUCCAGCAUUACAACAAAUUUAAUCAAUUUAGAGACUAUCUUGUUAGAAAUCCUAACCGGAAAUUCCAAUUAAUCCUUUCAGUCUUGUUGCCUACUACUCAAGACUUAGUAAAAAUCUCACCGUUCUCUAAUCUUGUAACUACUGGGCAAUAUAAUCAAAAUAAUACUUUUGUUAGUGAUUUAGUUAAAAUUGUUAACGACCAUUCGCUCGAUGGAAUUGAUAUUGAUUAUCCUAAUAAGCUUCCAUGCUAUCCGCCGCCACCGCAAGGAAUACCGCAAGGACAACAGUUCACUACUAAUGAGCUAAAUUCUGUUUUCAUACCGUUCCUAAAUGAUUUAUCAAGCCAAUUAAAGAAAUCUAAUAGCAGUAAGAUUUUAACGGUCACAGCAGGCCAGUAUCCUAUAUCUGGUCUUAACUCCAGCAAUUCUGGUAUUAUUAAUUUUGUGAAUAUUCAGGCAAUAUUCAGAAAAUUUUUGAUGGAUGGAAUAGUUAUGUCAGUAAAUCAAAACUCGUUUUGGGAAUCGAUUAUCGAACUGGUUACUUCUAGUAACAUUAUAACGGAUAUAAAUAGUCAAAAUCUUGUGAUUGCAAAUGACACAAAUACUCAAUAUCCAUUUGCUGAUGACAAGAUUCAAAGUCUGUGCGGACCUUCAGUAUAUGCGACUUUGUCGUGGAAAAAUUUUUCUAACUUAUUAUUACUUUGUGAUACGAGUACCAAUAAAGAUCCAAAAUGGAAUUAUGGCUUCGAUAAUACAUCUCAACAGCCAUAUCUUUACCAACAACAGAACUCUCCUACUCGAUAUUAUUAUGUUUCUUAUGAAAAUCUUCAAUCACUAAAAUCCAAACUUGAUUACGUACGGCACGUGAAUGCAUUAGGAAUUGCAAUUUUCGAUAUAACUAAAGAUACGGUCGAUGGAACAUUAAUGAAUUUCAUAAGUGUUAUUAAUCCACCUAACUCAUCUUCGAAGCCAAUGCCUACCACAUCAUCGACAUCUCAGUCAUCUCCGUCUAAUGUAGGUGCAAUAGUGGGUGGUGUAAUAGGCUCCCUCACUUUUGUUAGCGUGUUAGUGGCGGCUGGCUUUAUAUUAUAUCGAAGAAAACACAAUGCAGGAAUGGCAGCUCUACUCAUAGACACAAAUAAUCAGGCGUGCUCUGAUACAAAUAGUCAUGUUUAUUCUGAUAUUAAUCGUCAG